UGUGGGUUGAGGGUUGGGCUAGUACAGAUCUAGAUAACAAAAUUGGUGAGGUUUUUGUGUGCAUAUUAUAGUUUGUGAGAGAGAUUUGGUUAGGGUUUGAAAAUGAGUGACGACUCAAGUGAGAUAUUGAGUGGGGUCACAAGUGUUUGUGAUGGUAACUCAUUUUCAAAUUCAUUUCCAAAUACUUAUACUAGUGAUAGUAGUAGUGAUUCUGAGUCUGAUGAUGAAGUUCAAAUGAAUGUUGAAGCUCAAAGAGAAGAACUUAAUGUGGAGGAAAGGAUAAUGUUAGAGGAGUAUAAAAUUUGGAAGAAUAAUUGUCCUCAUCUUUACGAUUUAAUUUUAACUCACACACUUGAAUGGCCAUCCCUCACUGUUCAAUGGCUUCCGGAUUACCACCAACCAGAAGGCAAAGACUAUACCGUCCAGAGGUUCAUUUUGGGAACUCGCACCAAUGAAAACUACCCAAAUUAUCUCAUGUUGGCUGAGUUCCGACUUCCCCUCCCAGAUUCUGAAGAGGGCGAGGAGGACUGGGACUCAACCAAUCAACAAAACGGAGUGUUUGAGAGUUCUGAUGAUAAGAUUAGAAUUGUCAAAAUGAUCACCCAUAAAGAUGAGGUUAAUAUGGCUCGUUAUAUGCCUCAAAACCCUUCCAUCAUUGCAACUAAAACAGGUAGUGAGGAGGUUUUUGUGUUUGACACCGACAAACACCGCUCUAGGGCUUAUCAUUGUAACCCUGAUCUAAGGUUGUUUGGUCAUGAUAAUGAAGGGUUUUCUUUAUCUUGGAACAUAUUCAAACCUGGACAAUUGAUUAGUGGUGGUGAUGAUUCUUUAAUUUGUUUGUGGGAUAUUAAUGCCCCUCCCACAAACAAAACCCUAGAAGCCAAUAGAGUUUUCAAGGUUAAUAAUGAUUGUGUGGAAGAAGUAGCUUGGCAUAUGAAGAACGAAAAUUUGUUUGGUUCAGUUGGAGGUAAUAAUUUACAUAUAUGGGAUACUAGAUCAGCAUCAAGUAAUCAUCCAGCUGAAACAUGUAUUGCUCAUCCAAACACUGUUAACUGUUUAGCUUUCAAUCCAUUGAACGAAUGGACGGUGAUUACUGGUUCAUCAGAUACAAAUGUGAAACUAUGGGAUUUGAGAAAGAUAGGUUCUGGUUGUGUUCACACAUUUCAUUGCAACAGCGGUGAGGUUUUCAAUGUUGAAUGGAAUAAAAAGGAAGAGUAUAUUUUUGGUUCUGGUUGUCAUGGAAGAAGAGUGAUGGUUUGGGAUAUUGAUAGGAUUGGUCAAGAACAGACACCUAUGGAUGCUGAAGAUGGUCCUCCUGAAUUGCUUUUUGUUCAUGGUGGUCAUACAGGCUUAAUAUCUGACAUUUCUUGGAAUCCUUCUGAUGAAUGGCUUCUUGCUAGUGUUGCUGAUGAUAAUAUUAUUCAUAUUUGGAAUAUGUCUGAGGGUAUUUACAAAGAAUAUGAUGAUGAUUAUGAGUAAUAUGUUUGGUUGCAUGCUUUAAUGUAUGUUUUCAAUAAAUUAGUUUUCUAGGUUCAUGGGCUUUAUUUGAAUUUGGUCUUAUUGUUUUUAAAACAUUGUGGUUUAAAUUGUUGUUCUUUUGGUGUCAUUGGUUUCACUACCAUGUACUA